CCACAUUCACUCACUAAUUUUUGGGCAUACUUGUUGCAAGUGUCACCCAGUCAUUAGAGACCUUGAACCCAGAUAACCUUGUUUUCCAGUGUCAUAACUCACAAGCCUCACAACACCAACUCACCAAUCAAAUAUAACUAAAAAACUCACGAGAAUCUCAAGAGAAUCUCACUAAACCUUAAUCUUUUUACGUGAAACCAAAAAGAUUCACUCACCUGUGACACUGAACUUUAUUGACAUGAACAAAGAAAUCACCUGAGAGGCCUUAACAUCUCCCACCUGUUUCUCUUUGACAAAGACACCAUAUCCGUGACAUAUUACUACAUUACCUUACUUAUCCCUUUAUAUAUGUACUCAACCUCUGCAUUAUCUUCUAAUCCCUUUGUAUAUGUUCUCAACCAGUCUGAUGUCCGCACUUGUUCAAAGCAUGGCUGACGAGGAACCAAGAAACAUGCCCAUGUACCCUCUUGAUGCAAAAUCAUACCAUAUCAUGCAAGAGGUCGGUAGUGGUGUGAGCGGAGUAGUGUACAAAGCCGCAUGCAUACCGAUGAAUUCCGCUGUUGUUGCCAUUAAGGCCAUUGAUCUUGAGAAGUCAAGAGCCAAUCUUGAUGAUGUUCGGCGUGAAGCCAAGGUCAUGGCUCUCUUCUCCCACCCGAAUAUUCUCCGAGCUCAUUGCUCCUUCACUGUUGACAGUCAUCUCUGGGUUGUCAUGCCCUUCAUGGCGGCAGGUUCUUUGCACUCCAUCAUUUCAUCUUCGUUCCCUGAUGGCCUCCCAGAGCCAUCCAUCGCUGUUGUUCUUAAAGAGAUUCUUAGUGCUCUAUCUUAUCUUCAUGAUCAGGGCCAUAUACAUAGAGAUAUCAAGGCUGGUAACAUUCUUGUGGAUUCUGAUGGAUCUGUGAAACUUGCAGACUUUGGUGUCUCAGCUUCCAUCUAUGAGUCAUACCAUUGGUCUUGUUCUUCUUCUUCCUUCUGCAAUGACAUGGCUGGCACUCCUUACUGGAUGGCCCCAGAGGUAAUCCACUCCCACAUGGGCUAUGGUGUCAAGGCUGAUAUAUGGUCCUUUGGCAUCACUGCACUUGAGCUUGCACAUGGCCGGCCACCUCUUUCGCAUCUUCCCCUGUCAAAAUCACUGAUGAUGAGAAUCACUAACCGAUUUCGCAUCGAAGAUUCUCAUGACAAGAAUGAUAAGGAGAAGAAGAAGAAGAAGUUCUCCAAGGCAUUCAAGGAGAUGGUGGCUGCUUGUCUUUCUCAAGACCCAUCCAAGCGCCCCCCUGCCGGGAGACUCCUUCGCCACCCUUUCUUCAAGAACUGCAAGUCUCCGGAGUAUCUUGUCAAGAAUGUGCUGCAAGUGGUGCCACCUGUGGAAGAGAGGUUCAAGGAUAUUAGCAUUAAUAGUAAUUCAGCUUCUCCUAUUGUCAAAGUCCGGAGAGUGAGUGGGUGGAACUUCAAUGAGGAUGUCCUGGAGAUGGAUCCAGUCUUCCCAACAGAUAAUGAUGAUAAAUGCACUAUUACAUGUGUUCAGCACCAUGGAGAACAGAUUGAAGACAAGGCUUGUUGUCCAGACUCAAUUGUUAUGGAAGUCAACAAAAUUAAUGCAAAAGAAGAACAAGAGUUACCUAAGGAUGUAUGUACCUCUCCUCCAAACUCAACAGUUGUCCCGAAGCAGUUGCUGAUUCCAAACUUGAUCUCUCUCUUGAAUAGCUUGGAUGUGCAGCGAGUUAUGGUGAAGAAUGUGCUUGCAUGUUGUGGUGGCAUGGCUGUUGACGAAGAAAAAUUUAGGGACCAAAGAGAGCAGCAGCUUCUAGUAGUUGUGCAGAGGUUGCAACAGACUGUUGAUGAAUUGAACAUUCAGCUGCAGCAAGAGUUAAGGAGGAAUGCAUAUUUGGAAGCUGCAUUGGAUAGCAUUAGAAAGAAAGGUAGUGCAGAGGAUGGAAACAAGGCUGAGCCUAACUGUUCUUAAGCUUCUUUUGUUGAGAUAUAAGGUCGAUAAAUAUGAUUGCUUCCUGCAAGUACCAUAGCGCUUAAAAUGUAAUAUUCUAUAAAUCACUAUGUAAGUUUCUCCGCAUCACCGCACUGUAGAUUUGAGAUUGCCCUACAAUAAAUGUAUUGAAAGAAAACCCACCAGAACAAUGGACCUAAAAGCAAUAGCACUGUAAGUAGCAUAGAUGUGGAUUCCAUCACUAAAGAAUUGUUACAUGAUUUACAAAGAUAAACAUUUGGGUAAAUAAAAUAAAGGGGCUAUGGGGUUAACCAGUAGGUAUUGAGCAAUUCACCCAAAUUUCUUCAUUUAAGAUGAAUAUAUGGCUCGACUCCAGUUUACCACUUCCUCAAAAGUAUCCUUAAGCAGUGAAGGCCAUCCAGAUCACUAGACCAGGUAUAUGAUAUGAAAUGCUAAUCUUACUGUCAAAUGUUAGAGACUGUCACGUAAUGGAGAAAAUGGACAUGCAGAUUGAUCAAUUGGCUUAAAUGGCUAAAAGCCAAUUGAUUCCAUAUCUCAUAAGCCAUACCAAGCAUCAGGAGCCAUAUUUACAACUAGGCAACUUACACAGGCCACAUGUGAAGUCCAUUCCAAGAAGAAUAUGGAAGAAUAUAGAAGAUCACAAAGAUUAAACUUCUGAAAAAUGUGUGAACAUAUCAAUUCUAGUCUUUAUGUAUUUCCUUGGUA